AUGGAACAAAAACAAAAUCAACAAUAGAAUCAAGAGCAAAAUCGAUAGCAGACUCAAACGCACAAUCAACAACAGACUCCAAAGCAAAUUCAAUAGCAGUCUCAAAAGCAAAUUCAAUAACAGCCUCAAAAGCAAAAUCAAUAGCAAACUCAAAAGCAAUAUCAAUAGCAAACUUAAAAGCAAAAUCAAUAACAAAAUCAAUUGCAGAAGCAAAAACAAAAUUAAAAGCAAAAUGUAAAACAAAAUAACAAAAACAAAAAAAAUCAAAAUCAACAAAAACCGAAUCUUAAUUAAUAACAAAAAUCGAAUCAGAAUUAAUAGUAAACUCUAGAUCAAAAUCAAAAUCAAUAACAAAAUCAAGAUCAAUUUCAAAAACAGCAGCAAGAUCCAGAUCAAUUUCAAAAACAGCAUCAAGAUUCAGAUCAAAUUCAAUAAAAAACUCAAAACGAAGAUCAAGAUCUAAAUCAAAAUUAAUAGAAGAAUGAAGUUCCAAAACAAUAACCAAAUCAAAAUACAUAACGAAAGCAGAAUUAAGAACAAAAUUAAUAAUAAAAGCAAAAUCAAAAACUAAAACCAAAUCAAAAUAAAAAUAACAAUCAAUAACCACAACUAUAAUAAAAUCAAAAUCGACAGCAAAAAUAAAAUCAACCACAAAAAUAAAAUUAACAAAAAAACCAACAGCAAAGAUAAAAUCAGCAACCAAAUUAACAGCAAAGAAAAAAUCAGCAACCAAAUUAACAGCAAAAAUAAAAUCAGCAACCAAAUUAACAGCAAAGUUAAAAUCAACAAUAAAAUCAAAUACAAAAUCAACAGCAAAAUUAAAAUUAAACAUAAAAUCAACAGCAAAAUUAAAAUUAAGCAGAAAAUCAACAACAAUUUCUUAUAAAAAAGCAACAACAAAAUCAAAAUUAGCAACAGAAUCAAAUUUAAAAAACAAGAGUGAAUAUUGGAGAUUAUGAAAUUUUAGAAACAAUUGUGAUAUAUGAAGAUUAUGGCAAACUCAAAUUGGUUCGAAAUAAGUAAACAGGGGAAUAUUUUGCUAUGAAAAUCUUUAAAAAACUAGAAUUUUGUAAAAUUAUUAAUAUUUUUAGUUAAGUCAUCCGGUGAAGUCUUUUGUGAUAACUCAAGAUUUGUAAAAUCAAUAAAAUCUGAAUACAUAUUGUCAAGAACUUUAAAUAAUAAUUUUUUAGUAAGUUAAUCUAUUUAUAAGGUUAAAAUGCUUGGUUUUGAUUAAGAUGAAAGAAAUUUCUAUAUCCUUUAGGAAUACAUACCAGGAGGGGAUCUAUCAACCCAUAUACUAAAAUAGUUGGAUAAUAAUGCUGCAGUGUAAGAUUAUUAUAUUAAAUCAGAUUUUAUGCUGCUUAAGUUGUUCUUUUUCUUGAGUAAAUGCAUUCAAAACGUUUUAUAUAUCGGAGUUUGUUUCCUAAGAAUUUAUUGAUUGGAUAUGAUGGUUAUCUAAGAAUAAAUUGUUUGUAUUUUGUAAAAUUCCUUGAAAAAAAAAGAACAUACUCGAUGGCAGGUUUUAUAGAGUAAUGUGCUCCAGAAAUGCUUCAAAAUGAAGGUAAAAUAAUUCUGUAACAUAAGGCCAUUCAUACAGCUCUGAUUGGUGGUAAUUAGGAUUGCUCAUUUAUGAAAUGUUGUCUAGUAAAAUCCCUUUUAAAUAGGGAAAAGAAGAGGAGUAUUUUGAUUAUCUCAACAGAAUUGUAAACGCAUAAUACAAAAUGCGUCAAUGUUUUUCAGAGUAAAUUAUUAAUUAAUUUUUAAAAGUGAUGCAAAAAAUUUGAUUUACCGCCUGUUGUAACCAAAACCAUGGAAUAGAAUUGGAAAUCUUAAAGGAGGAGUAAAUGAUAUCAAAAACCAUAUCUGGUUUAAGAAUAUUGAUUGGAAAAAAUUAGAACAAAAAAGUAUGCAUCCUCCAUUUAUACCAAAUAAUGAGUAAGAGAAUUUAUAUAGGAAAAAGUUUAGGAGAUCCUUUUCAUUAUUCAAAAUAUAAAGAAAGUUAAGAGAUACAAUUAUCUUAUCGACCAGAGAAGGAUCCAUUUUCCAUAUGGGAUUAAUGA